UUUGAAGGAGUAAGAGAAGUGAAGUGUUGGGAUACGCUAGCUAGCAACUCCUAGUGUUGGAAUUUCGGUGAGCUGACAGAAUUGGAUAGAUCGUCGGGUAUUUCUUCCGUCUUCGUGAAUCGUUGUAGCGCCCGCAGACCGCCUCUCGCCGAGCACUUUUGACCGUCGGCCACUAGCGGCAGCGCCUGCCGGUCUCCGCACCGCCGCCCCGAAGCACAGAACAUACCACAACGGGUCAGCAGCCAACGUCUUCAGGACUUCUGGAGUUUAUCAGGCAUGGUAUUCGAAGCUUAUGUGAUUCCAAGUGAUGCUGGUAUGGCCGGUCAAAGAAGUUCACAGCCAGCUACCUCCUCAAAGCACAUCCCGGUCCAAUCAAAGACCAUGAAAAUUGAGGAUGAAGAGGGGGCACAACCCUCCCGGGAGGCUGAGCGGAACCCUUCCCCUAACAAGGCCAAGACCCAGCCGGCUAGGCGGCAAAGGGUCAAGAAGGUGGCGACCACUCAUCCCUCCCUCAAAAGGCAGAGGGGGGAGUCUCAGCCGGGUUCUCUCUCCGUGGAGGAUCUCUGGAUCCAGCUGGGCCUGAAGCUGAAAGCUCUUGGUAAACUAGGACCGAAAGUUGCUGACCGAUUCCGCGCAUGCUCUCCCUCUAAGGUUGCCCAGCUGGAGGAGAAAUUAAGGGAAGCUCAAAAAGAGUCCCGGGAGAAGGAGAAGAAAAACCGGGAGAUGGCCGCUGUGAUGAUGAACCAGACGCAAGAGCUGGCGAACUUGUCAAAGAUGGUCGGGGCAGUGGGUGCGGAGAAUACUCGCCUGAAGGAGGAGAACUCGCGGCUGAAGCAUGAAAUCUCCAAGCUGAGGGAGGCUUUGGCGCAGAAGGAGCGGGAAAUGCCCGCUCGGGCACUCGCAUGGCUGGAGGAGAACAAAGUUGAAGCUGCCCGUGCGCUGACCGCUUCUCCCGAGGCAACCAUUGAGUUCUUCAAGUUUUUGUACCGGGAGCCUGAAGGAAAGAAGAUGAUAACUGCCGUCAUGUCAUACGGCUUCAAAUGCGGCCAAAAAAGAGACCGAGCGGCUACUCACCGCAUCCUGGCAACCCGGGAUCCAGACUUCUCCGCAGCAGCAUAUGGGCUCCCUCCUGUCCCGGAAGAAGAACCGGCUCCCCCCUUCCCCCUGGACUAAGCCUUUCCUUUCUCUUUGUAAUUCUCCCCGGGUUGAAGCAUUGUAAUGACUUUUGUUAUGAAUGUUUUCUUUAUCUUGAUCUGCUUGCUCUCUCCCAGUAAUCUUUGACUGCCUCAUCCUCUAUGUGGCUGACACAUAGGCAAUGUAACCAGUUAUGCUCUCACAUGUGAGUUGAUUUGAAAUAAUUUAAUGUACUUCCACACACACAUGUGUGUGCGCGCGUGCGUGUGGGUUCUGGUGAGAAUGCAAUCUUAUGAAAGAAGUAAUAAUGACUCUGGUGCUUU